AUGUACCAGUCAUUCACCGGAGCAUCGCGUCGACCACGCCAGGUCAACCUCUCGGGCAAGAACUCAAACCCCUUCGCUGCCAGCAAUUCUUUCGGUGGCCCGCAGAGCGCCGUACAGAACGCCCAUCAAGACCGUCAACAGCGCCAGAAGCAACGCCAGGAGCUGAAUGCCGCCAAGACAGUUCAAAGAGUUUGGAGAAGUCACAAUGUGAGAAGAAAGACAAGAGACGGAUGGCGCAAACAAUGGGAUGAUGCGAAUACCACAAAUGUCGACGCCGUACAACGCUUGAACGCUCUCCUGCUGUUCUUCUCGCCUUCCAACGACAGUGACGUUCAACGCCUCAUCGCCUUCGUCUCUGACCACUCGCUGGACACGACUGCCUCGAAACACCACUUACGCUUGGAGAAGGCCUGCUUGGAUGCCUUGGGCCAGCCGAAGCCUCACCGUGAGAACGACCUGCUCACAGUCUUGACCUUCCUGGCCACCACGAUACCACACGAGACAUCUCUGAUCUCACACGGCUACUACACUACUCUCUCCAAGUUGGAUCAGUCGUCACACACAAAUCUCCAACAAGCCGUAGCAGCCNCCCUCAGCUCACACCUUCCCGCUGCCUACGAAGGCUUCGCCGCCGCAUACCUCACCACUCCCNUCGACACUACCACACUCGAUUAUCUUGCCAGUACGCUCGACUUCUUCACACUUGCUCAGGCCAUUUCAAAAGUCUCUACGAGUCACACGCUCGACACAAGACGCCGUCUAUGGCUCCUCGGCCAGUUUAUAUAUCUCAAACAAGACCACAUACGUGCCUCGGACUAUGUACCAGUCGUUGCCCACCUUCUCUCUUCCUUGGCCGAGAUUAUUGCUCCAGAAGCUCCCGCCCUGGAUAUGACAAACAAAGAUUACGAUCGACUCGUUCUUGCCACAAACCCUGCCCGUGUCCAUCUCAAUCGCUUCCUGCGGGACCAGCUCUCGCGCUUGGUUGAUAGAGAUGCAAUCAGUUCUCUGGUGCCAAGACCUCUUGCUUCUUCGGACACGUCGAUGCUGGACGACACAUCAGAUUCGCAGCUCCUGGCCAGCUAUGCCUUGAUAUUGCUGCGCAUCUUCCCUCUGCGUGCUGAUGAUAUUCGCAUGUGGCUAUACGUCGGUCCACUAGAUCAGGCUUACAAAGAGGACACUGUCCCUGCAAUUGCCUACUUCUGGAAAGGAAUGCGUUCGACAUCUAUCUUUACAAGCAUAUACAAAGACCCACGAGCAGCUGUCGAACUCCUGAAAGCACCAAAGUCGUCUGUUUCUGCUUGGAAGCCGCCUGGAUAUGAAGCUGAGCUCUCCAAAAGAAACGAAGAGUGGCGUGUCAUCCUCAUCUUCCUUGAGCUCUUUACCUUCGUGCUCAAGAUCACGGAUGAUGAAGAGUUUCUCGGCGCAAAGUCAGGCACGAGUCUGCGGGACAGUAAAAAUGCGCUUCCCAUCGAGGACCUCAAAGAUUUGACUGUUUUCUUGAGGAACAUGGGCUUCUCAAUGUAUUUCAACGCCCAGGAGGUAUCCGAGUCGUUUGAACCAAGCAAUGAAGCUCUUAGUACGGUCAACCUGAGCCGUCAUUUUGGUGGUAAAUCAAGUGCUGCUGAAGCAAAGCCUGAGGCGCCACCGCAAACCAUCUCAGUAGCAGGUACCGUUGGCAUGAGUCUUGACUAUGUCAAAGGUCUGGUCACUGGCUUACUUCGGUCGGUAUACGAACGAGAUUCGAGAAGAAACUUCCUGCCGGCAGGACACUGGUUGAUGACGUCUCGACUCGACAUGACUAAUUUCAUAACAGCCGUCGUUAGUGAAGACGAACGUCGUCAACAAUUGCAACGACAGGCGGCCGACGAGGAAGACGAACCCGAUCAACCUGAGGCGGCAUGGGAUGAGGCUGAAUUCACCUCCCUGACACGUUCACAGCGAAAUUACCAACGCAACAAUCGACAAGCCAGCACAGUACGAUAUCUACAGUCAGUCGCGCCCCGGUUGGAGAUUCUACAAAAUAUGCCAUUCAUGAUUCCUUUCGAGACGAGGGUACAGAUCUUUCGCGAAUUCGUCCGUCUGGACAUGAUGGUUCGAAGAGGUGGACACGUAGAUCCAGACCUCUGGCGUCAUAGAAUGGCGUUUGGCUCGCUGGGCGGUACGAAUUCAGAUGAGAUUGGAAAGCAUCAUGCAAGCAUCCGCCGCAAGAACGAGUUCGAAGAUGCAUACAGGCAGUUCUACAAGCUUGGUGAUGGCUUGAAGGAGCCGAUCCAAAUCACUUUCCUAGAUGAGUUUGGUCUACAAGAAGCCGGUAUCGACGGAGGAGGUGUGACCAAGGAGUUUUUGACCAGCAUCACCACAGAAGCGUUCAAUCCCGAGAAGCUCUUGUUCACGGAGAACAGUCAACACUCCCUAUACCCCAACCCAACCAGCGUCGAGGCUCACAAAGAAAUGUUGCGACUGUCAGGCUACUCUGAAGACACAGAAGAGCACCGAGAAUCUGUAAAAGAUCUCUUGCAUCGUUACGAAUUCUUGGGACGUGUCGUCGGUAAAUGUCUGUACGAAGGCAUACUUAUCGACAUCAAUUUCGCCAGCUUCUUCCUCAGCAAGUGGGCUCUCUUCGGGGGUCAAGGCGCCGCAUCGAGAGAGUCUGGGUACAGAGCGUCAGUCAACGACCUGCGAGAUCUUGACGAAGAGUUAUACCAAGGACUGAUGAGCUUGAAGCAUUACCCUGGCGACGUUGGCGAAUGGGGCACAUACUUUGCCGUCAACAGCACAGUCACCCUGCCUAAUGGUCGUACCAAGACGAUCGAGUACAACCUCGUCCCUAAUGGUGCAAAUAUGCUCGUGAACCGAGGAAACCGUCUCUGGUACAUUGCAAAAGUUGCCAGCUACCGCCUCUCGGGUCAAUCGAGCCUCCAAACCACUGCUUUCCUCACCGGUCUCUCCAGUAUCAUUCAACCAAGCUGGCUUAACAUGUUCAACCAAAAAGAACUCCAAACCCUCAUCGGCGGCGAAUCAUCAGACAUCGACGUCGCCGAUCUCCGUGCCAACACUCAAUACAAUGGUGUCUAUGAGAUCGGCACCGAUGGUCAAGAACACCCCUCCAUCCAGCUUUUCUGGCAAACAAUGCUCGAGCUUCCCGAUGCGGAUCGGCGCAAAGUGCUCAAAUUUGUGACUUCGACUCCUCGUGCUCCGCUGCUUGGGUUUGGCUCGCUGAAUCCAAAGUUCACAAUAAGAGACUCGGGCGAUGACGAGCAUAGGUUCCCUACUGCGAGCACCUGUGUGAAUCUUCUGAAGUUGCCGAGAUUCAAGAGUAAAAGGCUUNUGAGGGAGAAGCUUUUAUAUGCCGUGAACUCUGGCGCUGGGUUUGAUUUGAGCUAG